UGCUCUCUAUGUUAAACAACUCCUUAUUUGGCUUGGCUUUAGAUUUUGGCUUGCUAAGGCAUACGUGUACCUAUCCAGGAAUCCCAUGUGGCGCAUGGUGGUUGGUGGACUGAGACCUAUAUAAGGCUGGGGCGGGCUCUCCCUAGGGGUAGAAGAACAAAGGAAACAGAUUUGAAAAGGCCUGAAUAAAAACAGUUUGAAGAAGAGCUCGGUGUUGUGUCUUCCUUGCUGGUCGAGGCGGACGUGACAAUUGGCGGCCCCGUACAGGGAAAACUCUUUGAAGAAAGGGAGCUCAGAACUUCUUGCUGUCAGGGGUCAACAAGAUCCGAUCUGGGUACCGGAAAGAUUGGUGAGAAAAGCACAAUUGACGCAGUCUCAGGAAGAUGCUUCUGCAAACAUGCCUGAUGUUCCUGCUGAGUCUACAGCCAGGGAAGAUGGAACAGAGAUGGGGGAUCCUGUCUGCAUUCACUAAACCAAUGCCAGUACAACAUGAUGCACAGGUUUUUCCUAGGAUGUUUACCUCUAAUAAUGCUAUUAAUCUCCCUUAUUUGCAUUUGGAUCUGGAACGAAUGCCUCUAGGAGAGAAUCAUAGUUUCCCGGAAAAAGGAUCCCUGUGCUUUCAAAUAGAUGAAUCUGGAGACUGCAUUCCCCUGACCAAAGGCCUUUAUGAGUGGUUUAAUGGAAAUAAAAAUCGUGUCCCAGGCACUAAGCAACAGCAAAUUAGCCAUGGGAAUGACUGUCUUACCCUGAAACAAAAUUAUACUACAGCUGUUAUCUGGCUGAAUGGCACUAUGCUCACCUGUAAUAUCACCUUGCCUAAUAAUACUUAUAUACCCCCUAAGCAAGCCAAGUGGGGUCCUACUUGUUGGGGAGCAUAUGAAGGCGACCCCUGGCCCUGGACAGACUGCCAAUCCACUAUUGUCAGAUGGGCUGAUAAAGUACAAAGAUUUACUUUCUCACCUGAUAUGAGUGGCCCCCUUGAAAAGGGGGGUAUCAAAGCAGACAUGAAGACAGGGCUAUUCUUGCAGGACCAGUGCAUGAAUCCAUUUAAUAAAUGGAUGCUGUGCGGUGUAAACGGAAGCUGCACGGAUAUAGCCCCUAUUGUCAUGAUUCAGGGAGGAAGUUAUGGAGUGCAUGAACUUCUUUGUUCUUCUCAGCAUGAUCAGUGCGGGUAUGGAGAAUAUGCCUCUGACCCCCAGAAUGUUUCUAUAACUUGCACUCAAUUUUUUUAAGCCCAUAGUGAAUACCACCACUAUUAAAGCCAGUCCUGUAUGUGUGCAUCCUCCAUUUCUGUUUAUCUUGUCAAAUUUUAGCUUUGCAAAUUGUACAAAUAGUACUUGUUGGAUGUCCCAAUGCUGGGACAGUAAGCUGUUUACCAGAGCCCUUGUUGCUUGGGUGCCUUGGUGGAUUCCAGUACCAGUAGAAGUGCCUAGUACUAUGGUGCUGUUUAGACCCAAGAGAGAUUUUGGCAUAACUGUGGCGAUUAUAACUGCUAUCUCCAUUGCCGCAGUCUCUGCCACUGUUGCAGGUAUAGCUAUGUCUACCACUGUGCAAACAGCUGCAACUUUAAAUGAUUUGUCUGCUACAGUGGCCCAGGCCCUGGAUGCCCAAACCUCUCUGAAUGCGCAGUUGAAAGGAGGCCUCAUGGUACUCAACCAGCGCAUUGAUUUGGUGCAGGAACAAAUUGAUAUCCUUUGGCAAAUGGCCCAGUUGGGCUGUGAGUGGAGAAUGCCUGGCCUGUGUGUUACCAGUGUUCAAUUUCAGAAUGCUUCCCGAGCCGCAAAUUUGUCUAAAGAACUUUCUAGAUUUCUUGUAGGAAACUGGUCUGGAAAGUUCGAAGAAACCCUGGAGAAAUUGAGAGCAGUGGUGGUGACCAUUAACUCCACUCAAGUGGACAUCAGCAUGGCUGAGGGCUUGACUUCCUGGAUCCAGUUUGCAGCAAAUCAUUUGAAGGAGUGGGCGGGACUAGGUGCCUUGUUGGUUCUUGUGAAACUUGCCUUCCUUGUUUGCCUGUGAUAUUUCCAUAAGAUGAGGUUUGCACAGCGCCAUCAGGCAGCCAUGAUUGUCCAAGCAUUUACCACCAUCGAGGCUGGUCAGUCCCCUCAGGCUUGGCUAGUAAAGCUGCAGUCUUGAAGCACAGGCUGCGAGGCAUGACACUGCACUUGAGGUCGAAAUAACACUGACCUCAAGAAGAGCAUGUUUGAUUGCAUGCGGGUUGGCAUCUAUCUCCCGCCUCUGAAAAAAGGAUGCUGAACUGGUCUGGUACUCUCUAGGUGGAUGACACCUGGAUAGCAUUAGUACAGGUUCUUGUUUUCUCAGAGAUCAAACCUCUACUCUUGCCUGUUGUCUAAAACAAAAAGGGGGAACUGUAGAGAGCUGUGUGGAGCUGCAUCCUUGAGAUGGCGCUGGCUUCCGUCCCCCGCCCUCCCGAUGGCGAGUGCUCUCUAUGUUAAACAACUCCUUAUUUGGCUUGGCUUUAGAUUUUGACUUGCUAAGGCAUACGUGUACCUAUCCAGGAAUCCCAUGUGGCGCAUGGUGGCUGGUGGACUGAGACCUAUAUAAGGCUGGGGCGGGCUCUCCCUAGGGGUAGAAGAACAAAGGAAACAGAUUUGAAAAGGCCUGAAUAAAAACAGUUUGAAGAGGA